UGCGCUGAAGUUACGCAGAAAACUACAGUAUGAAUCACAUUCAUAUACCUUAACGAUCUGUCGUCCAGUGGUUUACGGUGUUUUCCUGUAUCUUGCUUCACUUGUCUGUCAUUCCCGAGUAAACGGGCAGACUGAUCGCUGUCUACCGAUUUUGCUACCUUGCACUUAAUCAGAUUUAUUGCUGCUACUGUAUCUGAUUUACAAUGGAUAAAACACUAGCACUCCAUUCAGACAAUGCCGAAGACGUUGCUACCUCGUCUAGUUACCGUCAGUUUAAAAUUCAACACUUUCAUCUUGAUCUUCAAGUGGAUUUUGAGCAGAAAGUUAUAUCAGGCACUGAAAAGAUACAACUGAAAUGCACUCAGGAUGGUCAAAGUGAGUUGCGACUAGAUAUUCAUCCAACUUUGUCGCCACAAGAGAUCUCCUUUACUCGUGAUGAACAAAUCUGGACCACAACUGAAUUUCUCAUUCAGGAAUUCACAAGUUAUGGCACAACAUUGAUAAUACAAUUUUCCACACCUUUAAACUCUGAGGACAAACUUCAAGUUAAAAUCAAAUAUACAGCUUCUGACGGACCUGGGGUGUGUUGGCUGGAACCCGAGCAGACUGCAGGAAAAAUCAAGCCUUAUGUUUAUACACAAGGCCAGGCUGUGCUCAACCGUUCCUUCUUUCCUUGCUUUGAUACCCCAGCAGUCAAGAGCACAUAUUCAGCUGCUGUUAAGGUGCCUGAUGGCUUCACAGCAGUUAUGAGUGCUAAUAAAUCAGAGCACAGAAAAGCAGACAGCACUUACUUGUUCACUAUGGAUCAUCCCAUUCCUGCCUAUCUCGUAGCACUGGCAGUAGGGGACUUGCAGUCUGCUGACGUUGGACCCAGGACUCGUGUUUGGACAGAGCCGUGUUUACUGCAGGAAGCCAAGCAAGAGUUUGACAAUGUGAUCGAAGAGUUCCUGUGUGUGGGAGAAAAACUGUUUGGACCCUACGUUUGGGGAAGGUAUGACGUUCUGUUCAUGCCUCCAUCGUUUCCUUUUGGUGGGAUGGAGAACCCCUGUUUGACAUUUGUCACACCUUGUCUGUUGGCCGGGGAUCGCUCUCUGGCUGAUGUGAUUGUGCAUGAGAUCUGUCACAGCUGGUUUGGAAAUCUGGUCACCAACGCCACCUGGGGUGAAUUCUGGCUGAAUGAGGGCUUCACUAUGUACGCUCAACGCAGAAUUUGCAGGGAAUUGUACGGAGAGGCUUAUACAUGUCUGGAGGCAGCAACUGGUAAAGCCCUUCUGCGUCAACACAUGGACAACACAGGAGAGGAUCACCCUCUCAACAAACUACGUGUUAAGAUCGAACCAGGUGUUGAUCCUGAUGAUACGUAUAAUGAAACACCCUAUGAGAAAGGCUUCUGCUUUGUGUCCUACCUGGCCCAUGUCACAGGAGAUCAAGCCCGCUUUGAUGCAUUUCUCAAGGCGUAUGUCGAAAAGUUCAAGUACCAAAGUGUGAUGGCAGAAGAUGCUUUGGAGUUCUACCUGGAAUAUUUCCCAGAUCUUAAAGAGAAGAACGUCCACAAAACUGACGGUUUGGAUUUUGACAGCUGGCUCAAUGUGCCUGGUUGGCCUCCGUAUUUACCUGAUCUCUCUGCUGGCCAACAGCUGAUGAAACCAGCAGAGCAGUUAGCUGAAUUAUGGGUUAACCAGAACCUGGACUUGGAUGCCAUCAGCCAAAUCGAUAUCAAAUCAUGGAAGACCUACCAAACUCUUUACUUCUUGGACAAGAUCCUUGAGAAGUCACCUCUUCCAGAUGGUAACAUAAAGAAGCUGGAGGAGUUUUACUCGCACAUCACUGGGUCUAACAACGCUGAGCUGAAAUUACGCUGGGCACAGAUUGUUGCAAAGAACCUGCAUGAACCAGGAUACCAACAUAUUCGCAGUUUCCUCACUAGUCAGGGGAAGCAGAAAUACACAUUGCCUGUUUAUCGGGCUCUUUGGAAUGGAUCAGAGGAGACGAAGGCUUUGGCUGUGGAGAUAUUCUCAGCCACUUCAAAUCAGCUUCACAUCAAUGUUUGCAAUUAUGUAAAAAAGAUACUGGCUUUAGCCGAAUGAAUCUGUAAAGCAUUAGGGAAACAAGUGUAUGCAAUGGGCUCAUUUUGAAAAAGCUUUAACUUUUAAUUACUAUUAUAACUGAUUAAUUACGCUGUUCAGAACAACUUGUAAAUAUAUAUUUUUAAAUAAAAAGUAAGACUUUAAUUUCUAUUAUAAUUUUUUAUGUUUUAUAGAUUUCAAUACAUGAAUUUGUGGAAAAUUUUGUAUACCCUAAAAUCAGAUUGGAUACUAAAGGCCUGUCCACACCACAGGUUCGCUUUUUAAGUUUACAAGUUUAAGGUGCACGCCCUUCAAAUUACAGUGGAUUGUAAUUGGCGGUGAAUGUUUUAUCAUUAACAAAUAAAUAUGUGACUAUGCCUUUAAAAACUCAGCAAAAGUAAUUUCUUGUUAUUUACUGUUUUCAGCUCAUCCUACAUAUUUUUAAAGAACAUUCUGUGAACCUUAAUAUCUUUAAUAUUGACUGACUAAUGUCAUGUCAUUGAUUGUAAUUGGUAAAUGAAAUCAAACUCACAGAAAGUUUCGAAAAUUGUUCCUCUGUAGUUGUAAAUUAUUUGUAUUUAAUUUUUUUUAAUUUUAAUACUAUUUUAAAACUCUAAAGAGUUUAUGUGAAUUUGUAUGUUUCCUGUUGUUAAUAUUAGGGUAAAUAAAAAUGAAAAAAUUACAUAUCUGA